AUGGACGAGCGAACAAACACAGGCUGGGCAGCAGACAGCCUGCUUGUGCACGCGCCCCCCGUGUCCCUCUUUCAGACGGCCCUGCACAUCGCUGUCAUCGUGAACCAGCCGGAGUGCGUGCGCGGGCUGCUCUGCGUGGGGGCCAGCCCGGACCUGCAGGAGCGCAGCGGAAACACCGCGCUGCACAUCGCGUGCCGGGAGGGCCUGCGGGAGUGCGUGCGGGAGCUCGUCUCGCACAGUCUCAGCCGGGCGCCGCUGCACACCACCAACUACGCAGGGGUGACCCCGCUCCACAUCGCCGUGCAGAAGGUGGACGAGGGGGCGGUCCGGCUGCUCCUGCACGCGGGGGCUGAUGCGAACCGGCGGGACCUGAGCUCGGGCCGCACUGCUCUGCACUGGGCGGUGGAGAGUCAGAGCGCCGCCCUGGUCCGGCUGCUUCUGAGCCGGGGGGCCGCCGUGGACGCCCCCUCCUACGCCGGGCACACGCCACUCUACUGCGCCCUCCACAGGCCCAGCGAGGCGGUGCGCUCGCUGCUGAGGGAAGGAGGGGCCGUCGAGCCACUGGAGGAGGACGAGGAGGAGGAGGAUGAUGAGGAGGAGGACGACGAGGAGGAGGUAGAUGAGUUGGAGAGAAAAGAGGAGGAGUUUGAUGACUUGGUCAUCAACGGCCAUCGAGUGCUGUAAUCGUGAAGGUCCCUACGGAGACACGCCCCCAAAUCCCAUGUCUGCAGACUCAUUCCAGCCCUUCCUCCCAUGGGCUUGGCUAGCUGCGUGCCCACCGUGUGCAGACGCCUGUGCGAGUGACUGUGUGUGUGUGUGCGUGCUGUCGUGCUGUCGAGGGCGGGGGAGCAUCACCUUUCCAGGGGCUGAGCUCCAGCCCCCGGCCGGCUGAGAAGAUUGGGCCUCAGCCGUGUGAGGAAAGGCGAUGUCGUCGUGCCCCUCUCCUUAGUGUCUUAAUACUGCUGCGGUCUGGGAGAGAUCGCGGGUCCCUCCGUCUCCCGCUGUCAGAGAGUCUCCCGAGCUCCCGCAGACAGCAGUGGCUUGCAGCGCCCCCUACAGGCUGGUUGCCGUCCUCAUUAUGGCACGCAGGCUGCUGCAGCUGGGCCGGCCAGUGGGAGCGCUUUGCGAACCUAGCGCUGUCAUUAUUUUUUUCCAAUUUGGAUGUUUCAAGCAUAUCCUGCGUGAACAAGUUAGGGUUCCCCCUUGCGUGUCCCCUGUACAUAACCACGGUUCCACCCUCCCCGUGGCUCGGGGGGGACGGGGACAGCCUAUGCAGUCAUGCGGGGCUGGGGCUCGGCCCAGGCGGGCUCCUUCCCUGACAGGCGGCUGGGGCAGCUGCUGUUCUGUUGCUAAUCUUCCCCAGCUGGUUUCGCGGCAGUCUGUGCCCUGCCGAGUAACCAGUUUAGUACCGAUCGCCCAGGACUGUAACAGUAAAGGGAACCUGUCGUGAGAUUAAUACGUAAAGACUCCUAGAGGAAAGUGUGUGCGUGUGUGUAUGACCAAAAAAUGUGUGCUGCAGUUUCCUGUCUCUGUUAAGGGAAGUUAGGAUGUGCUGCUCUUAACAGUGUAACAUGUUGCGGGAGACACACUGUUUGACACGCAGUCUGGGUACCCAGGGACUCAGUCUGGCACUUGGCACUGUAUCACAGGAUGGCACAGGUACUGGGUGUACUGGGUGCACUGGUACUGGGUGUUACGGAUGCUUAGCGUUCUGCACUCGGGACUGGAAGGCUGUGGGUUCAAAUCCCAGAUGAAACACGUCACCCAGCGGUAUAAAUGUGUGCAGGUGUAAGUCGCUUUAGCUUUUUAAUAAUACGACAUUUCAAGCGAACACUGGUAAUGCCGUGAACUCUUCAGGCCAAGGGGUAAGAGGUGGGCGCGCAGGAGUGGCGGCACCCCACUGCCUUUUUUGUGUUUGUGAAGGAAAUGAGCCACAAACAUGAAAAAUAACCGCAUGCACGAGCUCUUUCCCUUUCUGGCUAAAGGUGCCCUUUAAGAUUCCUUGACGAUAUCGAGAGGAUCGGUAUGUCCAGGUAAAUAUGGGACUUCUGAUUACGUGACGCGAGUUGGAAACUCCCGGUGCUGUGCGCGUGUGUCAUGCAGGUGUGGGGCCCUGUUGU